AUGGCCGAUCAACCUGGACCAAGAGCUGAAGAAACUAGUCUCGCAUGUGCAAAUUUAAUUUUUAAAAAUGUUCCAUUGAUAAAUUAUGUUAAGAUACCAAAAAUAAACUCUGGACAGUUUUUUAGAAGCCUUGCAAAUAACAUGCACUCUAGACUUUUUACAUUUCAGGCAUCAAACACCGCAACUUCUGGCAAUACUUUCAAGAACAAAUAUGAAGAUCUUCUCAAAGACAUGGAGUUUCUUGAACCAAAAUCAUGGCCCGAUAAUUGUGAUAUUCAAUUUGGAGAUAAAAAUGUUAGAAGGCUGACAGCUAUAUUUCAAGUCGAUGAAACAUCUACUAUACAAGGUUUUCGAGAAUAUAAAGACACUAAAGUUAUUUCAGAAAUAUCACCUUUAAAACCAUUAUUAGUAGCAAUCAAAACAAUUGCAAUUUCAUCAUCGGAAUGUGAAAGGACUUUCAGUUCUAUGAAUAACACUGUUACAUCUAAAAGAAACCAAUUAACUACACAACACAUCUCUUCACUCCUUUUCAUACAAUGUGUUGGUCCCCCAGUAAUAGCUUUUAAUCCAGCCAACUACGUUAAGUCAUGGAUCCUCAAUGGAAAAAGAGAUGCAAAUGAGGUAUGCUGUCCAAAAAGACAAAUAAAAAACAGUGAUAAUAAUUAUUCUCAACUAUGGAAAAUUUUAAAUGAAGAUAAAGUUUGA